CAGAUUAAUGUUUAUAUACUGAUUAGUUCAAAAACAUCUUCUUAUUAUUUGACAUUAGAAUAAUUUCUUAUUCUUUCAUGUUUCCACAUGUUUUUUCAUUUACAGCAAAAGAGAAGAACAGGAUGAAGAGAGAUAAUCAGAGCAGAGUGUCUGAAUUCCUCCUCUUAGGGCUCCCCAUACAGCCAGAACAGCAGGGAAUGUUCUUUGCCCUGUUCCUCGGCAUGUACCUCACCACGGUGCUGGGGAACCUGCUCAUCAUCCUGCUCAUCAGGCUGGACUCUCGCCUCCACACCCCCAUGUACUUCUUCCUCAGCCACUUAGCCAUCACUGACAUCUCUUUCUCAUCAGUCACAGCCCCAAAGGUGCUGAUGAACAUGCAAACACAGAGUCAAUCCAUCUCAUACGCUGGGUGCAUUUCUCAGGUCUAUUUUUCCAUGCUGUUUGCUGAUAUUGACAGCUUCCUUCUCACCUCAAUGGCCUAUGACAGGUACGUGGCCAUUUGUCACUCCCUCCACUAUACCACCAUCAUGAGUCAAAGCCUGUGUUUCUUGCUAGUAAUUGUGUCCUGGGUUUUAUCCUUUGCCAGUGCUCUGUUACACACCCUGCUCCUGGCCCAUCUUUCCUUCUGUGGAGACAACAUUCUCCCCCACUUCUUCUGUGACAUCUCUGCCUUACUUAAGCUGUCCAGCUCAGACACCACAACAAAUGAGCUGGUUAUUCUUACUGUAGGGGGGAUGGUCAUUAUCCUUCCAUUCAUAUGCAUCCUGGUCUCUUAUGGCCACAUUGGGUCCACCAUCCUGAGAAUUCCCUCCACCAAGGGAAUCUGCAAAGCCUUGUCCACUUGUGGCUCCCACCUCUCUGUCGUGUCUCUGUACUAUGGGGCAAUUAUUGGAUUGUACAUUUUCCCCUCAUCCAGUGACUCCAAUGGCAAGGAUGUCAUUGUGGCUGUAUUGUACACUCUGGUCACUCCCAUGCUUAAUCCUUUUAUCUACAGUCUGAGAAAUAGGGACAUGAAAGGAGCUAUGGGAAAUAUACUCAGUAGAGGAAAGUUUUCACUAUAAUGUGCGCUGAAUCUAGGCUGGUGUUGUGGCAUGUUUUGUUCAAUAAGAUAUUGGCAAAAAUAAAAAUAAAAACUUAAAAAACACUGCAUAUGAUGUGUUGCUAUUGAGACCCCGAGACCAUGGUUUUAAGAAACACAGGUUAGUCUACUGGAGAAUGAAAGAUGAGAAAAAGAGAGGCUUCAGCUGUCCCAAACAUCCUGGCCAUAUCCAGAGAGGCCGUCUGGUAUAAGUGAGACUUUCUAGAACAUUCAGUCACAGACAAUCCAGCCCAGUAGAGUACUGCUCAGCUGAUCCAUAGAAGUGUGAGCAAAUAAAAUGAUUGUUUUAAGCCAGUAUGUUUUGGUUUCGUUUCUUUCACAAAGUUAGCUGAUACAUUUCUCAUAUUCCUGAGGCAUUCAUAAUCUUUGUCCAUUGUGACAACUUAUCCAUUUUCUAGUUAGUGUUUUCCCCUCCCCACUCUUCCCAUCCUUCCUAACCAUCAAAGAUUGUUUCUUUGUGUAAACCUUUUCAGGAGUUUUUAUAAUAGUGGUCUCAUACAGUAUUUGUUUUUUUUGUGAUUGACUUAUUUCACUCAGCAUAAUGCCCUCCAGCUUCAUCCAUGAUGUGAGGUGCUUCACAGAUUCAUCGUUGUUCUUUAUUGUUUCAUAGUACUCCAUUGUGUAUAUGAACCAUAGUUUGUUUAUCCAUUCAUUUGUUGAUGGGCACCUAGGUUGUUCCCAUCUUUUUGCUAUCGUGAACAAUGGUGCAAUGACUAUGGAAGUGCAUAUGUCUAUUUGUGUGAUGGCCCUGAUUUCUCUAGGAUAUAUUUCUAGGAGUGGGAUUGCUGGAUCAUAUGGUAUUUCUAUUUCCAGCUUUUUAAGGAAAUAUCAUAUCAUUUUCCAUAAUAGUUAUACCAUUUUCCAUUCCCACCAGCACUGCAUGAGAGUUCCAAUCUCCCUGCACUCUCUCUAAUAUUUGUCAUUCUCUGUGUUUUUUGAUUCAUGCCAGUAAUGUCGAGGUGAGACGGCAUCUCAUUGUAGUUUCAAUUUGCAUUCAUGUAAUGGCUAGUGAUCUUGAGCAUUUCCUCAUAUUUCUAUUAGCUACUUGAAUGUCUUCUUUGAUGAAGUGUCUGUUCAUAUCCUUUGCCCAUUUUUUAAUUGAGUUAUUUGUCAUAGAGAUGUUAGAUUUUCCUAUGGAUUUUAGAGAUUAUACUUUUGUCACAUUUGUCAUAGCCGAAUUUUUUUUUGAAGUCUUUAGGUUCUCUUUUUACUCUUGGGUGAAGCCCUUUGAAGAGCAUAAGUGUUUAUUUUUUAGAAGAUCCCAGUUAUCUAGCUUCUGUUCUGGUGUCUGUGUAUUUUUAGUUAUGGUUUGUAUCCUAUUUAUGCCAUGUAUUAGGACCUUGAGCAUUGGUGCUAUUUUUUCUUAUGUGACCUUUAUAGUUGUCGGUUUUAUAUUUGGAUUGUUUCCCAUUUGGAAUAAGUUUUUGUGUAUGGUGUUAGCUAUGGGUCCUGUUUAAUUUUUUUACAGGUGGACAUUCAGUUUUGACAGCACCAUUUGUUAAAAAGACUGUCUUUUCCCCAUUUAGUAGAUUUUGGGCCUUAUGUUGAAGAUCAGAGGACCGUAGGUGGAUGGAUUUACAUCUGGGUUCUCGAUUCUAUUCCAUUUAUGUGUCUGUUGCUGUGUCGGUACCAGGCUGUUCAUGGCUGUAUAGUAGAUUCUGAGGUCAGGUAGUGCAAGACCUCCUACUUUAUUCUCCUCCUUCAGUAGUGCUUUACCUUCUGGCACCACCCUCCUUUCCAUAUAAAGUUAAUAGCUUUUCCAUCUCUUUGAAGAAUCAGGAUUUGGAUCGGGAUUGCAUUGAAUUUGUAGGUUGCUCUGGGUUUUUCUGGGUAGAACUGACAUUUUCUCAAUGUCGAGUCUACCUAUCCAUGACCAUGGUGUGUCUUUCCAUUUAUGUAGGUCUCUUAGUUUCUUGCAGUAGUGUUUUGUAGUUUUCUUUGUAUAGGUCUUUUAUGUCCCCAGUUAGAUUUAUUCCUAAGUAUUUUAUAUUUUUAGGGGUUAUUAUAAAUGAUAUUGCUUUCCUGAUGUCCUUUUUGUGGUUCUCUUUAUUGGUGUAUAGCUAUGAAACUGAGUUUUUAUGUUUAUCAUGUAUCCUGCUACUCUACCGAAUCUUUCUAUUAGUUCCAGGAGCUUUCUUGUGGCUACCUUUGGAUUCUGUAUGUAUAGUAUCAUAUCACUCACAAAUAGGAAUAGUUUUACCUCCUCCUUACAAUUUGGAUGCCCUUUUUCUCUCUCUCUUUUUUUUUUACCUCAUUGCUCUAGCUAGGAACUUUGACACAAUGUUAAAUAGGAGUGAUAAAAGGCAUCCUUGUUUUGUUCCUGUUCUCAGGGGGAAUAUUUUCAGCCUCUCUCCAUUGAGGACGCGGUUGACUACUGGUUUUGUACAGAUGCCCUUUAUUAUGUUGAGGAAUGCCCCUUCUAUUCCUAUUUUACUGAGAGUUUUUAAAAUCAGGAAUGGGUAUUGUACUUUAUCGAAUGCCUUUUCUUUAUCAAUUGAGAAGUUCAUGUGAUUCUUUUCAUUUUAUGUACUUUAUCGAAUGCCUUUUCUUCAUCAUUUGAGAAGUUCAUGUCAUUCUUUUCUUUGUUUUAUGUAUGUGGUAGAUUACGUUAAUUCAUUUUCUAAUGUUGAACCAUCCCUGAA